UAGCAUAUGCUUGGAGAGAGUGUGGGAGCUGGAACAAACAGAGUACAGAAGCUGCCUUGUCUACAUCAGGAGGCCACGAAGUGGAGCAGAUACAGAAACUGAGUGAUAGCUGUCUCCUGGAUUUAGCAGUUAAGACCUGGAACAAGCUGAAUGAGAUCGCUUUAACUGAAAGCCUCAAACUAAAAAUGAUUCCAACCAUUUCUUUAUUGAUUAUAAUUUUGCACCUUUUGAGUCAGUACAGCUCCUGUCAGCAACUGGUUACUGGCGAAGUUGGGCGACGAAUGCUUACUCAGAUGAGGGAAACAAACCAGGAACUGGCAGAAAUCAAACAUCUCCUAAAACAGCAGAUAAAGGAGAUCAUCUUUCUGAAGAAUACGUUGGCAGAAUGUAAUUUCUGUGGUCUCCAAAGUGAAUGGCAGCACGAGACAAUCACUGUUUACCCAUUUGGGAGGUGUGAUCCCAAUCCGUGCUUCCCUGGGGUUCAAUGCUCAACGACAUUCAAUGGAUUUCGCUGUGGGGCCUGCCCCAGUGGCUUUACAGGGAAUGGAACACACUGUACUGAUGUGGACGAGUGCCAGACACAUCCCUGCUACCCUGGGGUCCGAUGCAUUAACAUGUCUCCUGGUUUUCAAUGUGACCCCUGCCCAGAUGGUUACACUGGCCCAAGAAUCCAGGGAGUUGGAGAGACAUUUGCCAGAACACACAGGCAGAUUUGCCACGAUAUCAAUGAGUGUGAGAAUAGUGUCAAUGGUGGCUGUGACCUAAAUUCAGAUUGCAUCAACACUCCGGGAUCAUUUCGGUGUGGCCCAUGUAAGGCCGGCUAUGUCCGAGACCAGAACCGGGGCUGUCGUUUGGAGAGGAGCUGCCCCAAUGGAGUGAGAAACCCCUGCCAUGAGAGAGCAGAGUGCAUUGUCAGCCGAAACAACAAGAUUACUUGUGUUGUAAGGAACAUAAUCAAACUGGAAAUGAAAGAGAACACCUGUGAGGACAACUGCAUUUUGGUCCCCAAUGUUGACCAAAGAAACACAGAUCAGGAUAUGUUUGGAGAUAUGUGUGAUAAUUGUAGACUCAUCAUUAAUAAUAAUCAGCAGGACAUUGAUAAUGACGGAAAAGGAGAUGCAUGUGAUCAGGACAUGGAUGGAGAUGGAAUAAGGAACAGUUUAGAUAACUGUGAGCGAGUUCCAAACCAGGAUCAGCUGGACCGUGACAGUGAUGGGGUUGGAGAUGCCUGUGACAGCUGCCCCAACAUCAGAAAUCCGGAUCAGUUGGAUGAUGACAAUGACCUUGUAGGUGAUUCCUGUGAUACCAACACAGACAGCGAUGGUGAUGGGCACCAGGACAGCAGAGAUAAUUGCCCGACCGUCAUUAAUAGUGCCCAGCUAGACACAGACAGGGAUGGAGUGGGUGAUGAAUGUGAUGACGAUGAUGAUAAUGAUGGAAUUCCUGAUCUUGUCUCCCCUGGACCAGACAAUUGCCGACUUGUAGCUAAUCCAACACAGGAAGAUUACGAUGGUGAUGGGCUGGGAGAUGCGUGUGAAGGAGAUUUUGAUGAUGAUAAAGUCAUUGAUGUUAUCGACGUUUGUCCCGAAAAUGCUGAGAUUGCACUCACUGAUUUUCGAGCCUAUCAGACGGUGAUCCUGGAUCCUGAGGGAGAUGCACAGAUUGACCCAAACUGGGUCGUCUUAAACCAGGGGAUGGAGAUUGUGCAGACAAUGAACAGUGACCCAGGUCUCGCAGUUGGUUACACAGCCUUUAAUGGGGUGGAUUUUGAAGGAACAUUUCAUGUUAACACAAUGACAGAUGACGACUAUGCCGGGUUUAUCUUUGGCUAUCAAGACAGCUCCAGUUUCUACGUGGUUAUGUGGAAACAGACAGAACAAACAUAUUGGCAAGCUAAUCCCUUCAGGGCUGUGGCAGACCCUGGAAUCCAGCUCAAGGCAGUGAAAUCUCAGACUGGCCCAGGGGAACACUUGCGGAAUGCCCUCUGGCACACAGGAGAUACCAGCAAUCAAGUCAAACUUUUGUGGAAAGACCCUAGGAAUAUUGGGUGGAAAGACAAGACUUCAUAUCGCUGGUUCCUGCAACAUCGUCCCCAAGUUGGGUACAUCAGAGUCCGACUAUACGAAGGACCAAAGAUUGUGGCAGAUUCAGGGGCAAUCAUUGACACCACGAUGCGUGGAGGGAGACUCGGAGUCUUCUGUUUCUCACAGGAAAACAUCAUCUGGGCAAACCUACGCUACCGCUGCAAUGACACAAUUCCAGAAGAUUUCCACCCAACACAACUUCAGAACCGGUUUUGAACACUGGACUCUGAACCCAGAAAAUGCUUUUAGAACUUACCAACUCUAGCAAGUGACAACAUCUCAAACUUUCAAAAACAAUACUGGAACUUUUCCCACAGAUUUAGAUGGAAAUAACCACCAAAACACCUGGACCCUCAAUGGAUGAUGGCAAGGGCAGGGUCUUAAAGCCUUUCGUGAUCAAUGGAUUGAACAAAUUCUUGUCAGUAUUAAGAUGGCCAAUCAAUUGUCUGACUCAUUGCAAUUUGUUUCUUGGGAUUUAGGAAAUAGACAUUUGUAGAUUUUUGAUCUUUGGGAUUUAGGAAAUAGACAUUUGUAGAUUUUAGAUCAGAGCAAUUUAGUAUAAAGGAAGAUCAAGAAUUUGUGAAGUUGAGAUUAUUAGCUUUGGCCAGUGUUGAAUAAGCAAAUUAGGUAUACUUUAAUGAUUCUUUCAUUUGUGCUGGCUUACAGGCACACUUAGUCCCAGGGUUAUUUCUCUGCUUAAGAUCUGCUCCUCCUAGACCUAACAACUUGGUGAAACAUUUCUCCUUAUUUUCCUCAAUAGAUUUAUUUUCCAAUUAUUUUGGUCGUUGAUUUUUAGAUUCGAGUUCCUUUAUUAAUACUGUCAAAGCCUUUCACCAUCUUGCAAUCAAGAGAUAACCUCUAACCCUUCUUUACUCCAAGAACAGUCUUAAUGUGUCACUAGUCUCAUAACUUAAGUCCCUCUUUAUUGGUAAAUUUUAGUGAACAUUUUCUACAAGCUUUUGAUGAACUUAGUAUUUUUCUUAUAUGUGGCACCCAGAUAAAAAGUCAUUAAGAUACUGCCAAGCCUUCAGUUAUUCACGAUCAUUUAAACCAAAUUCCAAUCCUACCCACUUGUUACAUUUGUAGAGGAUUGCGUGCAAGAAUAAUAACAAUAGUCAAUAAUUGAACAUGUGAGCAAGGAUUAUCCAACAGACUGACAAUGUUUAACCAUUCCAUCAUUUCUAAAUAAUCCUGCUUAUAGCUGCACUAUCACAACCUAUAUAGACGCUAUAAACCAAAGUUGACAGAUAUAACCAAUAAUAUAUAGCAUUUUGAUUCAAUACAAAGAUUUUCUGAAUAAAACCUGUCCUGAAUUUGUAAAAA